AUGCGGACUUUGGAAGACAAUGUGAAUCGAAUCGACAAACAAACACUCGAGGGAUUUGAGGAAGCGCGAGCCCCUUUCGGUCGUGUCCCAACCUCACGUGGUAUGUGUGAUUGCCUUGUGAAAAUCUGGACCACCGAAGGUGCUGCGGCACUGUUCAAAGGUCUUCGACCCACCUUGCUCAAAUCCUGUGUAUCCAUCUCAUGUCGAUUCACUGUCUACGAACAAGUGUGUCAGCUGAUUUAUCGCGCGCGUCACAAGUCGGCCACCGGACGCACAUUCUAG